AUGGUGAGCCAAGGCGGAGGCGGCGGAUUCUUGGAGGACGUGCUCAUCGUCGGCGGCCUGCUGCUGCUGCAGUGCGUCCUCGCCGGGUACGUCGUGUUCGUCCAUCACCUGCUCGGCCUCGGCGCAGACCCGCUGGCCGUCAUUGUCGUCGCCGGCGCCUCCUCCUCCGCCUUCUUCCUCCCCUUCGCCGUCACGCUCGAGAGGAAGAAAUGGCCUUCCAAGAUUUCUGCCACUUUGGUGGCUCAGUUUGUGCUCAUUGCUCUCGGAGGGACAACUGUUUUCCAAGAACUGAUGCUCCUGGGGAUAAAGAAGACGACUCCGGCAAUCGCCUCCGCGAUGCCCAACUUAGGCCCUGGACUCGUCUUCACCGUUGCAGCUUGUUUCAGGUUGGAGAAGUUCGACAAGGCGUGCAAGUACACGCCGGCCAAGAUCCUGGGGACGCUGGUGUGCUUGGUGGGAGCCAUGGCCAUGAGCUUCCUGCAUAGUCCGUCUGAUGCCUCCUCCCCAGGCCUGCAGGCUUCAGCUCCCCUCACAAUCACAAGCUCUGAAUUGCCACGGAGCAGCAGCUACUAUGGCUGGAUCCUGGGCUGCUCCUACCUCUUCCUCGCGACAAUCGUCUUCUCCUGCUACACCGUGCUUCUGGCCGCGACACUGAUGAGCUUCCCUGCGCCAUUGACAAUGUGCACCAUAACAUCUGCGAUUGGGGCCGUCUUCACGGCGGUCCUGCAAGUCGCUGUGGAGGGCAAGAUCGACAUGGGUUCACCAAAAAUCGGCGCCGCGCUUAUCUCAGGGAUUGUCAUACUGGGAGGUGUGUUGGCUGGAGCCUGCGUUGUGUUUCAGACAUGGUGCCUGGGCAAGAAGGGGCCGCUGUUCGUGUCAGUCUUUGGGCCCGUGCAGACAGUCUGCUCGGCCAUCCUUUCGGCUGCUCUCUUCGGACAAACCGUCAGCUUAGGAAGCUUGACAGGGAUGGUGCUCAUGUUCUGUGGGCUCUACAUAGUCCUAUGGGCGAAGAACAAUGAAAAUCCCAGGGAGGAAGAUGGUGAUGAUGCUGAGAAGGCUCUCCUAUCUUAGGAACAUGUCUUUUUCUCGUGUUUAUUUGCCGGUGUGUUCUAGAAUCUAGUUAGUUAGUUAGUGAACCUUAAAUAAAUUAUGAUUGAUGAUGUAAAAAGAGGACAUGCUUUAUUUUCACUCUGAUAACAAGAACAAACACACGCAUUACAUACAAAUGUAGGCGAUAGCCAAAUAUCAUAUGAGAUGUCAUUGGUUCAUGUCUUACAAGAUAAGUAAAUCGGAAAGGAUAACGAUAUGUAGUCU